AUGGCGGGAUUGGAGUCCAUGGUAGUUGAGGAGGUUAAGCCUACAGAGAAGCCGGUCGAUAGAGAGAAGACUUGCCCAUUAUUGCUUCGCGUAUUCUGUUCAACUGGACGACACAAUUCACCUGGUGACUAUGCAAGGGGGAAUGUUCCUCAGAAUGAACUUCAAAUAUAUACAUGGAUGGAUGCAACACUUCGUGAACUCACUGGUUUAGUAAAAGAAGUGAAUCCGGAAACGAGACGCAAAGGCACAUACUUUGACUUUGCAAUUGUUUAUCCUGAUAUAAGAUCACCUACAUACCGUAUGAGGGAGAUUGGUGUCACAUGUUCUGGACAGCGCGGAGGUGAUGAUAACAAAACUCUAGGUCAAGUGAAAUUCCAAAUUGGCAAUUAUUUGGAUAUAUCUAUAACUCCACCAAACAGAAUGCCACCACCAAUGAGGCGCCCGCAAGGUUAUAUUAAUAAUCGACCUUAUUAG